AUGAACAACAACAACCCACAUCAGGAGCCACAAGACCAGCAGGCUGCCGUCGCCGUGGCGACCGAGGAUACGGUCCCUCCUGAAGUGAAGUGGGAACCCGAGUUUCGUCAAUUUCAUGACAAACCAUUUGGGAUUCUCUACGCUCUCGCGUAUAUUGCCUUUUUGGCAUGCGGGUUCACUCUGGUCGGCAAGGCACAUCCCCGAUGGGAGCAUAAAACCGUCCUCAGCAAGACGGAUGCCGUGGGAGGUAUUGCCAUUUUAGAACCUAUCCCCAUUCGAGUGGUCUCGCCUCACUUUUACGGUGAUGUGGAACAGUGCUGUGGAGACGCGGCCAGAACAGCCGACGAUGAUUUUACCAAGGCUCUCGCUAGUCUCUUUGAUGAUGAUCUCAUUGUUACGCCCAUUCUCUCGCUCAAUUUGUGUCAUCAUCUAGACAGUGAUACCGCACUGAGACGACGAUUGCAGCAACAGCAAGACGCAGCAACCGAUGCAACAAAUACCGAUGAUGUGUGGGGCGAGGAUGACUUUUGGGGCAAAAUCUUUAAUCCACCCGUCUCCAAAUUUGAACAGGGAGAUGGAAUGUUUGACGCCUUUUUGGAAGCUCCCGAGAUUAUCGCCACACUUUGUUUGCUGGCCCUCGUUUUGGCUCUGAUGUGGAUUACGCUCAUUCGAUACUUUGCCACGCCCAUUGUCUUUGCAACGGAAGCCGUCAAGCUCGGAUUCUUUAUCUAUCUGGGCGUCGUCAACUUGCAAGCGGGUGCCGUAGGAGCGGCCAUUGUCGCCAUUUUCUGCGCGCUGGCCAUUAUUGCCUGGGAUAUCUAUACCUUCAAACAACUCAAGUUUGCCGGAAAAGUUCUCUCCUAUGCCGCCAAGAGUUUUUCCCACAACAUGAGCAUGUUUUGUGCCUUUUUGCCCAUUUUGGGGCUCUAUGCCGGAAAUGCCUACUUGUUUGUCUUGUUCUAUGCCAAAUCAUUUGAAGUCGUCGAAGUUACCCAGGUCACGGAUGGCUUUUGCAUCUACACGAGUCCAUCCUACACCAGCGGCCUGGUCGUCUACUGCAGCCUCGCAUAUCUUUGGUCCAUUCUACUGUUUGGAACCAUGAGGCUAUCCAUUGUUGCCAAUGUGAUUGGAUCCUGGCAUUUCCAUUCCGACAAUCCACCGGGCAUUACACGGGCCGUUAUCAAUACCUGCACCACCUCCAUGGGCACACUUUCGGCAUCGUCCUUGAUUCAAGCCAUUGCCGAGUACCUCAAUCGACUCUUCUUGGAAGAAGCCAUGUGGAAGAUGUGUUGCAAUCCCGUCUUUUGCAUCCUCUUGCCUCUUUAUUGCCUUUGUGGGCACUGCAUCAAGAUGCUCAUUUUGAUGUUGACCAAGUACUCCGUCAUUUUGCAUGUCUUUACGGGGAAAUCAUGGAUUGGAUCGGCCAAAAAGGUCAUCAAAAUACUCAAAAGGCAUUUCAAAGGAGGCUUUGUUACGGAAUAUGCCAGUACCAGCGUUUUGACAUUGGGCUCCUACGUGUUCAGCAUUGGGAUCUACUUCAUUGCGUGGGUUUGGAUGGACAAGGAGUACCACACAAAGACUUUCAUUGGAGUCAACGACAGCACCAUCCUGGUGGUGGCAUGGGUCUUCUUUGCGCUCUUCAACAUCUACUACCCAGUCCUCGGUUUGUAUCUGUUGAUUGUCAUCAACCGCGCAUUGUCCAAGUGGGAAUCGUUGGAUCCGGCCCUCUGGGUCACGCCCUUUGCCGCAACCUUUGUGGGCAUCAUUUCCAUGUUUUUCUUUAGCUAUUUGGCGGGCAUCUUUCUGGAUACUGUGGACACCCUGUUCCUUUGCUUUGCCAUUGACCGAGACAAUCGUGUGGACAUGGAAAAUGACGAGUUUGCAGGGUUGGUGAAAGAAGGAUGUCCAACAGUCUUGGAGACUCCCGAUUGCAGUGAGGACGAGGAUGACGAAAUGGACCUCGAUAAUGUGGAGGCUCAGCCAGUUAUGGUGACUACGGGCUUGGAGACAGAGCCAAAUUCCUCCAAGCAAGAGCCUGGUACUGUCUUCAGUGCGUAGCUAACUGGCGGACAACCCUCCAGUGGAGCGAUUGGAUUGAAUACAUGCAUGAUACCAGGUACCAUCACCGAGACAAGUCGGGGCGUCUCUUUUUACAUGAGUAGAUGGAAAUCUAAUAUAUUCUUAGUUGCAAAAUUGU